UUAUUCGAAUUUCUCUCCCUUAUUUGCUCCACAACCACGGCGGUUAUGCAUAAGCUCUGUGCUCUGCUCUUUGCCCUUUCAAUCAUAGGAAAAUCAUCAAUUGCUUCGGCGACGGUUUUCACGCUCAUAAACAGCUGUAGCUACACAAUCUGGCCGGGCACUCUCUCCGGCAACGGCGCCGCCGUCCUCGGCGACGGCGGCUUCGCAUUGCCACCGGGAUCCACCGUCCAGCUGCCGGCGCCGCCGGGCUGGUCGGGCCGCUUCUGGGCCCGAACGGGUUGCAACUUCAACGAGGCCGGAAUCGGCCAAUGCGCCACCGGAGACUGCGUCGGCGCGCUCAGAUGCGCCGGCGGCGGCGCGCCGCCGGUCAGCCUGGCGGAGUUCACCAUCGGCCCGGAAAAGGACUUCUACGACGUCAGCCUCGUGGACGGGUACAACGUGGGGCUGGGCGUGCGGGCGUCGGGCGGGAGCGGGGAGUGCCAGUACGCCGGGUGCGUGGCAGACCUCAACGCGAGCUGCCCGAAGGAGCUGCAGGUGUCGGAGGAUGGUGCGGUGGUGGCGUGCAAGAGCGCCUGCGCUGCCUUUGGCACGGCCGAGUACUGCUGCACGGGCGAGCACGCAACGCCAGAGACGUGCUCGGCCACGGAGUACUCGAGGCUGUUCAAGGCAGCGUGCCCGACCGCGUAUAGCUAUGCGUACGACGACGCGUCGAGCACGUGCACGUGCGCUGGUUCCGAUUAUCUGAUUACGUUUUGUCCCACGGUGUGAAGUGGAUUUGGAGGGGUGGUUUAUUUCAUAUUUGUUUGAUUUUUAAGUUAUUAAUUUGGUUUUGUUAGUCAUUCAUUUUUGAUGUUGAUGUUAGGACUUAGGAUUCUUGAUUUAAUUGGAUACUGGAUUCAUCCCUGGAAUUGAAGUUUUACGAAUCAAGAUUUGA